AUGAGCCACGUUAAAAAGGCGAUUAAGAGGAUGAAGGUGAAAAAUGAAUUGGCACGACAGAUUUUAGGAGAGCUCCUAGGCACUUUUGUCCUCCUGCUGUUUGGUUGUGCUGCAGCAGCCCAAGUGAAAACCAGCAGAGAAACUAAAGGACAAUUUCUGUCUGUUAACAUGGCCUUCUCUGUAGGUGUCAUGUCUGCAAUGUACCUCAGCAGGGCAGUCUCGGGAGCUCAUCUAAAUCCAGCUGUGUCUCUGAGUUUCUGUGUGUUGGGUGAUCUACCUUGGAUUAAGUUGUUGCCGUAUUCUCUGGCUCAAGUGUUGGGGGCGUACCUUGCCUCUGGGCUGGUCUAUCUCAUCUACUAUGAUGCAAUUAUGGAGUUUAGUGGUAGCGUUCUGACUGUAUUUGGCCCUAAUGAAACUGCAAGCAUCUUUGCCACCUACCCAACCGACGUGGUGUCAAUGCAGACCAACUUUCUGGAUCAGGUGGUUGGUACAGCCAUGCUGAUGUUGUGCAUUCUACCUCUGAAUGAUAAAAGAAAUGCUCCUGCACCUGAGGCAUUGCUCCCUCCCAUCGUAGCAACCGUCGUCCUGGGCAUUUCCAUGUCAAUGUCAGCUAAUUGUGGAGCAGCCAUAAAUCCAGCCCGUGACCUUGGUCCACGUCUCUUUACUCUCACUGCAGGCUGGGGCAUUGAAGUCUUUACAUGCUACGACUACUUCUUCUGGAUUCCAAUAGUGGCCCCUAUGGUAGGGGGUGUGGUGGGCUCAAUCAUAUAUCUGGUUUUCAUUCAGUGGCAUUUGCCUGAGGCGGAUGAUGACACCGAGUCUGAAUGCGAGGAGGUUAAAGAUCAAACAAAGGUUGUGGAGCAAAAUGACCCACAACAAUCAUCCAAAAAGGACGAGUUAUACCUUAAACUAUCAAACUUUUGAAAACCUCGGGACAGUUCGGUCUGGUCACAGCGUUCAUGUGUAACACAAUUCCGAUUUUCACCAAAGACUUAAAGGACACUA